AGUGGAAUUUGUGUUUGAUUAUUGUUUUUGUAAAUAUAGUAUGAUAAUUGAAAUACUAUGUUACAAAUUAUUAGUUGAAUAUCUGAAUUAUAUGUAAUGGAGUGAAAUAAUCUAGAAAGAUGAAGAAAGAACGUACUGGCGAUAAUUGCCGCCCUUUUAAAUUAGCUCAUCAGAUUUUGAGCUUAACAGGAAUAAGUUUUGAAAGAAGAAGCGUUAUAGGCUUUGUGGAACUUACAAUCGUACCAUUAAAAGACAACUUAAGAAUCAUUCGCCUGAAUGCUAAACAGUGUCGAAUCUACAGAGUGUGUCUGAAUGAUCAAUAUGAAGCAAACUUUCAGUAUUUUGAUCCCUUUCUGGAUAUUUGUCAGAACGACCCUAACACGAGAUCAUUGGAGGUUUUCUCACAAUACCACUUGUCUGCUGCCCAAAAGAUAGAUCCUGAUCAUAAUUCUGGAGAGCUGCAUAUCCAAGUUCCUGAUGAAGCGGCUCAUUUAGUUGGUGAAGGCAGAGGCCUCAGGAUUGGUAUUGAAUUUUCAUUGGAGUCACCACAGGGAGGAAUGCAUUUUGUGGUACCAGAAGGAGAGGGUACUUUAGUAGAGAAAUCAGCCCACAUGUUCACCUACAGUCAUUCAGCAAGGCUCUGGUUUCCGUGUGUGGACAGCUUUGCGGAACCAUGCACUUGGAAGUUGGAGUUCACGGUGGACGAGAGUCUCACUGCGGUGUCGUGUGGAGAGUUGCUUGAUGUUGUGUACACACCGGACCAUAGACGGAAGACGUUCCACUAUGUGGUUAAUACACCGGCGUGUGCUCCUAAUAUUGCAUUGGCUAUCGGACCAUUUGAAACCUUUGUUGAUCCAUUCAUGAAUGAAGUGACCCAUUACUGUUUGCCACAUUUAAUACAAAUAUUAAAGAACACAGUGCGUUACCUGCAUGAGGCUUUUGAGUUCUAUGAAGAAACACUUUCAACGAGAUAUCCAUAUCCAUGCUAUAAACAAGUUUUUGUGGAUGAGACAGAAGACGACGCCACAGCAUACACGACCAUGUCCAUACUCAGCACACACUUACUCCAUUCUAUAGCUAUAAUAGACCAGACAUACAUCAGCCGAAAGGCCAUGGCUCAAGCAGUAGCAGAGCAAUUCUUUGGCUGCUUUAUUACUAUGCAGAACUGGUCAGACUUGUGGUUGGCCAAAGGCAUACCAGACUAUCUGUGUGGACUGUACUCUAAGAAGUGCUUUGGCAAUAAUGAAUAUAGAUAUUUGAUACACCAGGAAUUGCAAGAUGUUGUACAAUAUGAAGAACAAUACGGUGGCAUUGUACUGGACCCUUGGCAGCCGCCAGCCAGCGGAGCAAGGGUUGAGGCCAAAGAUGUCUUCUACUUCCCAGUUAGAAACGUGCACACUAUGUCGCCUAAAUAUAUUGAAGUAAUGCGUAAAAAGUCUCAUCUAGUACUUCGCAUGUUGGAACAAAGAAUAGGUCAAGAACUGCUACUCCAAGUUUUCAACAAGCAACUAUCUUUAGCUACAAAUGCCGCGAAUACCAAAAUCGGGAGUGGUCUUUGGGGCCACUUAUUGCUAUCCACGAAUUUAUUCGUAAAAGCGAUUUUUACAGUUACUGGCAAAGAUAUGGCAGUUUUUGUUGAUCAGUGGGUCCGAACUGGUGGUCACGCUAAGUUUCAGUUGACAUCUGUUUUUAAUAGAAAAAGAAAUACAGUUGAGCUCGAAAUCCGCCAAGACUGCGUACACGAGCGCGGCAUACGCAAAUAUGUCGGUCCUUUAUUGGUACAGUUGCAAGAAUUGGAUGGAACAUUCAAACAUACGUUGCAAAUAGAGAACACAGUGGUAAAAGCAGAUAUCACGUGUCAUAGUAAGAGUAGAAGGAAUAAGAAGAAGAAGAUUCCUCUUUGUACUGGGGAGGAGGUGGAUAUGGACCUAUCAGCUAUGGACGAUUCGCCAGUACUUUGGAUCCGUUUGGACCCAGAAAUGUCGCUUCUACGCAGUACGGUGAUCUCCCAACCGGACUACCAGUGGCAGUAUCAGUUACGUCAUGAGCGUGACGUCACAGCUCAAAGUGAGGCUAUAGACGCGCUACAUAAUUACCCAGAACCAGCUACUAGAAUGGCCCUAACUGAUACUAUAGAGAAUGAACAGACGUAUUACAAGAUCAGGUGCAGGGCUGCGCAUUGUUUGACUAAGGUAGCAAAUGCGAUGAUAAGUACAUGGGCGGGUCCACCAGCGAUGUUAACAAUAUUCCGCAAAAUGUUUGGUUCGUUCUCAGCGCCACAUAUUAUUAAACAAAAUAACUUCGACAAUUUACAACAUUACUUCCUGCAAAAGACUAUUCCAGUUGCUAUGGCUGGUUUAAGAAACAUCCACGGUAUAUGUCCACCAGAAGUGGUCCGGUUCCUUCUGGACCUGUUCAAAUAUAAUGACAACUCAAAGAACCAUUUCUCAGACAAUUAUUAUAGAGCUGCGCUAGUUGACGCACUGGCGGCAACUAUAACACCAGUUAUUUCUGUUUUGCAACCGGGUGCUCCAAUAACAGCAGAUUCAUUAUCAGCAGACACAAAAUUAGUGCUAGAAGAAAUAACAAGAGUGCUGAACUUGGAAAAAGUGUUGCCAUGCUACAAGAAUACGGUUACUGUUAGUUGCUUACGGGCUAUAAGGCGUUUGCAACAGUGUGGCCACUUGCCAAGCAUUCCCACUGUUUUCAGAGCUUAUGCGCAGUAUGGCCAGUAUAUUGACGUGCGUCUAGCGGCGUUCGAGUGCCUGGUGGACUUCGUGCGCGUGGACGGCAAGCCGGAGGACCUGUCGAGCCUGCUCACCGCCGUGGAGAGCGACCCCGAGCCGGGCGUGCGGCACGGGCUCGCGCGGCUGCUCGUCGCCAUGCCGCCCUUCGAGCGCGCGCAGCGGCACCGCCUGGACGCCGAGGCGGUGGUGCACAGGCUAUGGAACAACAUGAACUGCCACCUGUCAAACGAUGCAAGACUGAGGUGCGAUCUCGUUGACUUAUAUUACACGUUAUACGGCCUCAAGCGACCGAUAUGUGUGCCUCUACCAGAAAUACAAGCUAUGAUGAAACAGAUGCACAGCAAAGAGAGAGAGAGGGUGGAGAAGGAGAGAGAGAGAAUAGAGAGGGAGAAAGAGAGACAGAAGGAGUUGUUGGAGAUGAAGCCAGUUAUUAAGCAGGAGAUUGAUGAGACAAUAGUCAAGCGCGAGCCGGACCUCAUGGACACAGUGCCACCACGUCUAGAUCUACCAAGGGAUGAUAAUCUCCCUGUACCACUAUCCAGCAUCAAGGAGGAAGAUGAUAAAAACGUUGAUAUCAUCUCCGUACAUGAUGUGCCUAUAGGAAAUUAUGGGGAUGAUUCAAAACGUGAGUUUAUAUCCGACAACGCGGCGCCCUUACCAGGUAUUCCGGGAUCUUCUGGACCAAUCGGCUUCGAACCGGGCAUGUUCAGACAUGAUAAUAAGGAUGAAUUGGGAGCACCUAAGGCUAAAAAGAAGAAGAAGGACAAAAAGAAGCACAAACACAAGCACAAACAUAAACACAGCAGCAAGGAGAAGUCAAAAGAGCAUAAAGACAAGUUAGUACGCCCGCCAUCGAGUACAGAGCAUUUGAGAAUCCGGGAGGAGACGCGGGAAACUCUUAGUUCAUUCAGCUCGAGUCAAAGCCCGUCUGAAGAUGUCUCCAGUAUGCCGACUAAUAUGAGUUUCUAAGUUAAUUAAGAACAGUAUCUAAGUUUAUUAACAGAUUUAUAAGUGAUUAUUAAAUAAAUAUAAGAGAAAAAUGA